AUGUACCCUGUGUCCCCCGCCUCACACCCCAUACCCUGCGUCCCCCGCCUCACACCCCAUACCCUGUGUCCCCCGCCUCACACCCCACCCUGUGCCUCACACCCCAUACCCUGUGUACCCUGUGUCCCCGCCUCACACCCCAUACCCUGUGUCCCCACCUCACACCCCAUACCCUGCGUCCCCGCCUCACACCCCAUACCCUGUGUCCCCCGCCUCACACCCCAUACCCUGUGUUCCCGCCUCACACCCCAUACCCUGUGUCUCCACCCACACCCCAUACCCUGUGUUCCCCGCCUCACACCCCAUACCCUGUGUUCCCCGCCUCACACCCCAUACCCUGUGUUCCCCGCCUCACACCCCAUACCCUGUGUCCCCGCCUCACACCCCAAGCCAAUCACUCGGACCUCCAACACAAGGCUACUCAUCUCUAUAACCAGCCAACGACUCCCAACAGUCUCCUGGGGGUUUCUUACUCUGGCGAAACUUCGACCAAGUACACCUGGGGGCUCGAACUCAAGAACUUUGAAUCAAAAGAGAAUAUCCUGA